AUGACAAAAUAACCACACCCACUACAAACCCUAUAUCCAACCAUCUUAAUAACACAAGCCGCCUGGAGGCCUAAUAAAAGUGAACUGAAUUGAAAAUCAAAAAGCUUCCAACAGUGACGUCGUUAAGGGUGUGUACACCUCGUUGUCUAAACUGGAGUUCUGGGCGUCAACUGACGUCAUAGCGAGCACCCUCCCCCGCCAUGGUGAGACAUUUUAAACAUAAUAUCUAAAAAUAACCCGCAUGAAUGGGCCUUAGCUUGAAAGCUGGCGGAACAGGUUCUUCUUGGCCGUGCAUGAUCAAACACAGAAGUGCGUUCUCAGUUGCCUUUCAGCUAAACGUUUUUUUUUUUUUUUAGGCCCGCUCCUUGACACAAGAGUGCAAUAUCGUUAUCUUCACUGAAGCACAAGCGCAAGACGAAUUUAUUUAAUAAAUCAGUUUGAUUGAGUCACGUUUCCUCUCAGCAUCCUCUGUUUUGAUCUACCUUACUUGAAGUGAUAAACGAAAUAUUAUUUUGAUCAGUGAAAAAAGGGACACUUUGUUGCUCUCUGUUGAAAACAUUCUGUGACUUAUUUUACAAUUAAUUGUGAAAUUUUGUUCGCACGUUUGGAGGUGUUUUAAUAAAUACAGAUCAUGGCGAGAGUCACGGACACCUUCGUUCUUGUUGUGUUCCUUUGUUUAAGCGCAGGGAGCUGCCAAGCUGCCAUCGCCAACACAGCCAUGCUGGUCCAGGUCUUGGACGAUAACAACGACGGGGUCAUCAGUCAGCCAGAACUGAACAGUCUGUUCGUAUCUUUGGCUGCUUGAGACCAGGGUUGCAGAUGCUUUGUCGAAACCUUUCCAGCAGACUAAUGGACCCAUCACAAUGAAGUACACCGACUUUAAAGUUACCAACUGGGCAAAUGAUGCAGACACGAACAAUGACGGCAUCGUUUCGAGAUCAGAAAUCUCCACAGCACUGAGAGCUCUUGAUUCUAACGAAAACGGUGAUGCAUCAAAAGCAGAGUUCAUUGCAUAUUUCACCGAGCAAAAUAAGAGAGCUUCCGGUGUGAUUAUCCAGCACGAAGAUUUGACAGGGAGGCCCAGAGCAGGCGAUGGCGCCACUUCCUUGACCUUGAGGGUCAGCCUCCUUGGCACCUCUCUACUUUUGUACUGUCUGCUAACUCGGCCUUGAACUAGUUAUGAACAUUUAUUUUUUACAUUUCUUUUUUUUAAAAUGGUUUUAUGAGUGUUAUUAACUGCUGUUUACGUGGAGGGUAAAAUUUUCUCCCC